UCGCCUUCCUUAACCAACAACUAAGGUGAAAAAUGAGAAGUCAAAAAAAAUGUUUCAUAACUUGUGACCUGAAUGAUCUCUUUUUUUAAUAAAAAAAGGUGAAAAAGAGCAUAUGCAUUUGCUUGCACUUAAUUUCCAAUAAAAAAAGAAAAAGAAAAAAGAAAGAGGUUUCCUUGGCAUAGUCUAAGCAGAUUCCUUAGCAAAAUGACAAACCAUUUUUCACUGCCAGCUUCCACCUUAUCCUGCUCACACUCGUCCAAUCCCCACCACCAAACUCUAACUAACCUACACACAGAGAUGUACAUGCAUAUGUUAUAACAUAUAUGCAUAUACAUGUAGAGAGAGAGAGAGAGAGAGAGAGAGUUGCAGGUGCAGGGAAGAUCUGUGACAGUGUUUAAGAAUUGAGGUAGGUGCUUUCAUGCGUUACGAAGAUGCAAGUAAAGAAAGGAAUGUUCUGAUAACUGACCAUUUUCAUCGAUCAGCCUCGAUCUCAUCACAUGCAUCACUUGUCAUUUGUUCUUUUAAAAGUUAUAUAUACAUCUCUCUCUCUCUCUCUCUAUAUAUAUAUAUUAUAGUUAGCAUAUAUUUAAGGCUCAAUUAAUUUUCCUACUUUCUUUUCUUCUUCUUUCCUUUCUCUUAGCGAGGCCCAAAGUCCAAACAAUCAACUACAAGACAGGUGAGAGUGAACUUUUUAUGAUAUAACAAGAUGGAAAAUAACUCUCUAGAGCUUCCUAUUUCAACUCCUUUGUUGAUUCCCACAUUGAAAGAAGCUUCUCAGGAUGAAUAUUUACAUGAACAAAACUCAAAAUGUCAAAGAUGGCCACCGACCCUUUCCGAGGUGGUUGAAGAGUUCAAACAGCUCUACACCAUAGCCUUUCCAAUGAUCAUCACCGGUCUACUCAUCUACUGUAAAUCCGCGAUAUCGAUGCUUUUCAUGGGGAGAUUAGGGAAAGAGGCCUUAGCAGGUGGCUCACUCUCCCUUGGCAUCGCCAACAUCACCGGCUACUCGGUCAUCUCAGGCCUAGCCAUGGGCAUGGAACCCAUCUCUUCUCAAGCUUGUGGAGCCAAGCAAUGGCCACUCAUGUGUCAAACCCUCCAACGCACCAUUGCAAUUCUUCUCUCUGCUUGCAUACCCAUCUCUCUCUUGUGGCUAAAGAUGGAACCCAUCCUUCUCUUUUUCGGCCAAGACCCAAUUAUCUCUUCCAUUGCCUCUACCUAUCUAGCUUUCUCUCUCCCAGACCUCCUCUUCCAAUCCUUCAUCAAUCCUCUCAAAAUCCACUUGAGGACACAGAACAUAACUCUCCCUCUCAUGCUCAGUGCCGGCUUUUCACUCGCUCUUCAUGGUCCGGUCAGCUACGUCUUUGUCCACCGGCUAGGCCUUGGCAUCAGAGGGAUCGCGGCGGCGGUGGCUAUCACAGAUUUCAAUCUACUUGCAACCCUAUUAGUGUAUCUAUGUUUUUCAGGAAAAACAUGGCAAUGUUGGUCACUUACUCAAUGCUUUGCUGAGUGGAAACCAAUUAUAAGCCUUGCAAUUCCUAGCUGUGUAUCUGUAUGCUUAGAGUGGUGGUGGUAUGAGUUGAUGAUAGUGUUGUCAGGAAUACUUCCAAACGCGGCUGAGGCGAUGGCAGCCAUGGGAAUUCUCUUGCAGGCAACUUCAUUUGCUUACAUCUUCCCUUCGUCGAUGAGUUUAGCCGCGUCAACACGGGUUGGGAACGAGUUAGGAGCAAACCAACCGAGGAAAGCCAGGAUUUCAUCUCUAGUUGCACUUUCAUGCUCCAUUUUCAAUGGUUGCAUUGCUAUGUCAUUCAUGAUGUCGAUGCGGAACGCUUGGGGACGGGUUUUUACCAUUGACGAGGCGAUUCUAACGUUGACGGCGACGGCAUUGCCGGUGGUGGGGUUGUGUGAGCUAGGGAACUGCCCUCAGACCACUGGUUGUGGGGUGUUGAGGAGUAGUGCCAGGCCAAGUUUGGGUGCUAAUAUAAAUUUGGGAUCCUUUUACGGAGUUGGGUUCCCUAUUGCAGUUUUUAUGGGCUUUGUGAUGGAUAUGGGAUUACUGGGCCUCUGGUUGGGCCUGGUUGCGGCCCAGCUGGUGUGUGCUCUUCUAAUGGUCCUUGCCUUGAUGAGAACAGAUUGGGUGUUACAAGCAAACAGAGGCAGAGAACUAAUUGGUGUAGAUGAUGACCAAGAAGCACAGAGUAAGACCUUUGCAGGAUUAUUACCAAUCAAGAUUGUGAAUUAGCAAUCAGAAUUUUUAGGUUUUGUUUUUAAUUUUGAGUACGUUAUUAUGAAAGUCUUCUUUUGUUUUUAGUUGUUACUUGCACAUACAUGCCUCUAAUGAGAUUCGAACCCUGACCUCUCAUUGGAAAGUAGGGGUCUGAUACCGCUAGGCCACCAGCCUGUUGGUCGUUAUUAUGAAAGUUUUGGUAGUUCAACAUGAAACCUCAAAAACAAUUUGUUUCAAUUAGGGUUUGCAGAGCCAUGAGUGUGAAAAUGCAUGGUUGAAGUGUCCAAAAUGGUCUGUUCCUAUAAGAGUGGAUAGAGGCUCAAACUGAGAGUUGAUCUGUCCCUUAUGUCUUCUACAUGAUCGAUAUACGCACAUAAUAUGUACAAAGAAUUAGAGCUAGCAGAGGAAACCACCAUGACCAAAUUCUGUUUAAUUCCCAUUGUUUUCCAAAUCAAGAAACAUUAUAGGAAGUAUCUUUCGCUUUAUGGGCGGCGAUCGGAUAACUUGUGGAGAGAAAGGAUGGAGGCAGAAUCUGGAAAAGAAAGUGCAACUUGUGGAGUAGAAAAUGUUAUAUUGUCCAUU